GGUCAGAGUGUGGGAACCCCAGCCCUGCCUCAGCCACAUGGCUUUGUUAUGCUAAUGUCUCGGUAUAAAAUGAGGAGCAGCUCCCUCAGAGACAUCAGAGCUAACACCACUGUCCAGAAGAGACAGCUCACUCCACCUGCAAAGACAUGGCUCCCUGCUCCGCCAGCUUCUCCUCUAUUCACCACAUCAGGAUUUCUGAGAGAGAAAAUAUUAAAUUAAGAAAACCUGUUGUGGAGAAAAUGCGCAGAGAUCGCAUCAACACCUGCAUUGAGCAACUCAAGCUCAUCCUGGAGAAAGAGUUCCACAAGCAGGAGCCCAACUCCAAGCUGGAGAAAGCAGACAUCCUAGAGAUGACUGUGAGCUUCCUGAGGCAGCAGCUGCAGCAAGGUCUCUGUCAGAGCAACCUCAACCAGGGCUACUCCUUCUGGAGGGACUCUAUGCACUUAGUCACAGCUGGAUACAACACAGAGACCCCUGUCACUCCUCUACAGAGCCAACAGCAGCUCCAUCAGCACCAGAGAACCAGCAUCUCCCCCUCAGUCUGCUCCUCACUCAGGUCCACCGUCCUGCAGGACAGUAGCAGAGGCCCCAUGUGGAGGCCUUGGUAGAGACCCUGACAGUCAGUCUCAGAAUUGAAGGGAUAUGAAUUCUCCUUCACUAUGUAGGAAAGAUAUUUCCAGCCUCCCCCUCGAUGGUGGGUUCUUUAUUGUCUCAUCACAUUGAUGGACAAGUAGUAAAAGCAAAGCUCUCACUUAUUUGAAGAUUGUCCUGCUUUGACUUCAGUUCACAUUUGAUGUUUUCUUUUCAUUUGUGUUUAAAUUGUUUGAUUCUGAGUGGAGAUGGUUCGAUCGAAUCUUGUGAAAUGACUGUUUACUCCAGUGGAGUUUAUGUUUGGAUCGCUUGAUGUGACAGUAUAUAUUUGUCGUACUGUGUUUAUGCUGACAGCUGCCGUUGAGAAUAUUUCUCUUUGUUUUGAUUUAUAUAGACCAAAUUAUAUGAGUGAUGAUGAUGUGAUGAUGUAUGCGUGUGUG